AUGGCCUCCCUGGCGGCGAGAUCCGGCCUCCGCUCCCUGGCGGCGCGCGCCAGGGCCCCGGCCCCGGCGCCGGCCGGACGCCGCAUGUCCUCCUCCGCCCACGACGACGCCUAUGAGACGGCCAAGUGGGAGAAGAUCACCAUCAUGGGGGCCGUCACCUGCACCCUCCUGGCGGCCUGGAACCUCUCCAAGGGCCACCCCCACUUCGACGAGCCGCCGGCCUACCCAUACCUGCACAUCCGCAACAAGGAGUUCCCCUGGGGACCCAAUGGCCUGUUUGAGGUCAAGCACGACCAUUGA